AUGACAUACGGACGCCCUAGUAUGACUACCCAUCUUGAGACUAUCCCAUUGCCCGGGAUGCUUGAUUUAGAAACUCGGCAGGAUACAGAAGGACCCUCGCUGGUCUCUUUCUAUAUAUCUACGAUCGAGCUUUAUUCUAUUCUAGAUAGGAUUCUAUCCGACGUAUAUAAAGCCUGGCGGGGUAGAACUAAGGAGCCCACACAAGAGCUGAAGCAGCCCGGCCCCGGGCUUGACUUAGUUAUCCAAAUUGAGGACCAGUUGCUAAGAUACCAAGUUGGAGUACCGCCUCACUUGAACUGGUCGACUUCCUAUGCUUUGAGAUCGGAGUUUUCAAAUCACUCGACUAUUCAAAGACAGCGCAACGUUCUCCAUCUACGGCACAUCCUCCUAUAUCGACCAAUAUUCACACAGCUCUGUUUUGGUCAACAGCCCGAUGAGCUCCUUUAUACCAACCCUGAUUCGCUGCAUUCGUUCAUGCUCUUAAAAUGCGCUUCCGGAUGCAUUCAAGCGGCAAUCAACCUUAUCUCGCUUGUCCACAAAACACACAAGACAUCGACAGCGGAUACAUGGUGGUACAAUGGCUUUUAUACUUCUACUGCUGCGAUGGUUCUCAUUAUGUCUUACAAGUGUCGGGUACUAAGGGAUCUCAAAGAUACCGAUAUUGAUCUUACAUGGCAAAAGGCCGAAGCCAUCUUACAAGAUAUGGUCUCGUUUAGCAAGUCAGCCCGGAAUACACUAGGGUUCCUCCAGACCAUUCGGACCCAGUGCAAACCCUCCACUAAAUAG